CUUCCGCUGUUGAAGCCGUUGAACAACCCGCCGGACCGGAAGUGGUGAACUUGCUGGAAUUUCUCGGUUUUGCAGUUGCAAAGGGAUAGGAACUUGUGUUGGAUCAAGUCCUGAUACCGGUAGCGUUUCUCAGGGAGAUUGCAGCGACGUAAGCCGAGACCUGCUUGCUGUAAAUGGCACGUACAAUGCAAAUCACUUGCAGAGCAGGUGCCGUGCGCGGUUCUCGUUGAGUAUAAAACAAGCACAUUUGAGGCUUAGCCAGAUUGUACUCCGACCCGUUUGCGGUUCAACAUCAGAAACUUGCAUCGGUAAACUGGUCACCUCUUUCUGCAUGCAAACAAGGAGCGCGACCCCUGCAUGCCCCGCAGCGUCAUAAUGCGUCACGGCUCAGCCCCUAUAACCCCGCGUGAUUGAUGUGACGAGCUGGCGUGGGCGGAGCGGACUCAGCACCCGCCUCCGGUGGGCAGACCUAGCGACGGGCGGGGGGCUGCGACAACGGGGCGGGCAUGUUGCAGUCAGGGAUAUACGUCCUGGGCGGCAGAGCCGGUUCAGUGCUCCGUGCAGCGGCUACCUGGACUUGCGAGGCCGGCAGAGCGAGCCGGGAAGCAGCAGGGUGGAAAAGUAGCGGGGCCCGCAGCUUCAGCAGCGCCGUGGUGGCUAUGGCCCCGAUCAAGGUGGGAGAUGCCAUCCCCUCCGUGGAGGUAUUUGAAGGGGAGCCUGGGAAGAAGGUGAACCUGGCAGAGCUGUUCAAGGGCAAGAAAGGUGUGCUGUUCGGAGUUCCUGGGGCGUUCACCCCUGGCUGUUCUAAGACCCACCUGCCUGGGUUUGUGGAGCAAGCUGAGGCUCUGAAGGCCAAGGGAGUGCAGGUGUUGGCAUGUCUGACUGUUAAUGACGUCUUUGUGACAGAAGAGUGGGGUCGAGCCCACCAGGCGAAAGGCAAGGUUCGGCUCCUGGCUGACCCAACUGGGGCCUUUGGGAAGGAGACAGAUUUAUUACUGGAUGAUUCUUUGGUGUCUCUCUUUGGGAACCGCCGGCUGAAGAGGUUCUCCAUGGUGGUAGACAAUGGCGUAGUGAAGGCGCUGAAUGUGGAGCCGGACGGCACAGGCCUCACCUGCAGCCUGGCCUCCAGCAUCCUCUCACAGCUCUGAGACCCGGCCAGGUGGAGGUCCUCCUUGCUCCCAUCUUCCCUGCCCAGCUUUGGGCCAAGAGGUCCAGCCCCUCCUCGCCUGGGGCCCCUUAAAUGGAGCCUUGACCAUAUUUCUGCAAUAAACAGUCUGAUUUUCGUCUUUG